AUGCCUCGACCCACUUCCAAAACAGUCUUCGUUCUCAUCCCAGGCGCCUCUCAAAGUCCCGCUCACUAUGGCUAUCUUCUCCAUCUCCUGCUUACACACGGUCAUCCUGUUUACUCUGCCAUACUCCCUAGUACAGGAAGCAAUAAAAACGUCACUGUGCAAGAAAAUGCAGAAUAUGUGCGCGAAAAAAUGAUUCUCCCAAUUCUGGAUAUUGAAGAGCACGAUGUGAUUUUGAUAAUGCAUUCCUAUAGUGGUGUUCCAGGUAGUGCAGCAGCUUUGGGUUUGGGUGAGAAAGAACGUGUUGCUGCUGGUGGAGAUGGAGGAGAUAUUGUUACUGCUCUUUGUGGAAAACUUCCACCUCAUAUUUCUCCAAAUAAAGAAUCCGGUAUCCUCACCUGUGAAGAUCCCGCUCCGCCAUUAUACAACGACGUAACCCCAAAAGAAUUCCAAGAUGCAAUCGUAAUGUCUACAUUAUGUCCCAGCUAUGCUUCAUGGCAUAGUCCCUGUCCACGCGCCUCUUGGAACUCGGAGGAUUUCAAAGACAGAGUCGCUUUUGUCCGUACACUUAGGGAUAUAGGUAUUCGCUUGAGAUUCAAGAUUUGGUGA